UUUGAUACGGUAUUGCCGACUUCGUCGCUAAAUUAGCUAAUUUCUGUUUUUCUCCCACUUCUUUGUCGCAUAUUCAUUCACACAGUCGCAUGUAUGCACGCGCAUAUCGUCCAUCUGUCGUCAUUCGGUGAAUGGUGUCGUAUUUAGCGACAGGGAACACGGAAUAUGGGCCUAAAGGCGGCCGUUCAGGCUCUUAAGAAAGCAGAACCAUUGAAGGACAAAGUCCAACGUUGUAAGGACCUACUAAAUGACAAUGAUGCUUGGGUAUGUCAACAGCAGUUGCAGAAGAUAUAUCAGCAGGUUCUCAUAUUGGACCUGGAGUAUGCCUUGGAUAGGAAAGUCGAGCAGGAUCUGUGGAAUCUUGGAUUUAAGAAUUAUAUAGCAACAUUACAGUCCCAAGCCAAGGACAGGAAGAAUCCCAAACGUGGUGAAUCCCAAGCGUUACUCAGUUGGUGCUUGGAGGCAGCUAGCGGCUUCUACUUGACUCUCCUGCAAGAAAUCUGCACCAUCUUUGACUUGGAUCUGCCCUUUAGAAGGAAGGGUUAUGUUUACGGCUGUACGUCUCCGUGGAAGGCAGUUGAAAAAUUGUCCGCGCCCCAUAAGUCAUCUUGCUUUUAUGCUUGCCAAUAUUGCCUUGUACAUUUGGGCGAUAUCGCGCGCUACAGAAAUGAGAGCAAACAGGCUGAGAUGUUCUAUAGACACGCUGUCUCAUUGUCACCGUCGAGCGGACAGCCAUACAAUCAAUUGGCGCUCUUAGAGGCGUCCCGUGGCGACAAACUGGGAACGGUUUUUCACUAUGCACGCUCGGUAGCCGUUAAGCAUCCAUUUCCUGUAGCGACGGCCAAUCUCGCCAAGACACUAUCGUCCGCCUUGAACGACAAGUCUUUCAAUAUCGACGGCAAGACCAAGCUGAACUCGCAGGAAUAUAUCGCCGUCUUUCUCAAAUUACACGGGAUAAUCCACAACUUCGGAGACCUGAAAGUCGCGUGCACGUACAGCAGGCUGUUGACGGAGACGUUGACCGCGUUAGUAGCCACUGAGAGUUUCAGCUCGUGGAUGCUCAUUCAGAUGCUGGUAAUCAACUUGUACGCCCUACAACAUGCCACCGGCAUCGGCACCGAUAGCAUGGAAUUGCUGAAAAACGAACAUUUGACUCAUGACGAGAAGCUCGCCCGCGAUUGCAUACUGGAUCUAAUCGCGGGCACUUUGUCCGCCCUGCUAUUACCCGUCUACACGAUAAAGGACUCUAUCAUCGAGUACUUUGCGUUGCCUUCUAUAAAACUGUGCCUUGAUUGGAUCCGCAUAAAACCCACGGUUUUAGAGGAGACCGCUUUCACGUCGAGAUUGCAAAUUUGGCCCAGCCUCUGUAUGCUGUUGAAUGCUCUACAGAACUAUGUGGUGGAUUUUAAACAUAGCGAAUAUGCUGCAGUACCACUGCCAGAGGACCGCGAUCUUCAAGGUUUUCUGCCAUUGGAGAAGAGCUUCGAAAAUCUCAGAUUCACAAACACCGACCUGGAGGGCGACGUCAUGACGUUGAACAAGCUACGUGCUGUUCGUAUUCUACAUCUAGGCCGUUGCCUCGCUCAACAUCAGGUCAACGGCUCGACGCCGAUUUCGAUCACGACCGAGGAGAAAACUGGGGACAACAGAUUUACUUCGAUGAGCAACGGCGCAGGUCUCAGCAAUGAGUUGAUGAAAGAACUUGAGGAACUCAGUAUGAAUAAGGACAAGCAAUUGAACGCUUCUGUAAGUCCAGUAUCAUCAGAAGCAGCUAGCAGCAAAUGCUCCGUGGAAACCGAUGUUGAAAUUGCUACCGACAGAAAGGUUUUCCAAGGCAUUCUUAAGCCGCAAGGCUCUUUAGAAAGGAAUCGAGACUCUUUAACAAACAUUGCCGCCGAAACCAGCAGUGCUGAGGCAAAUGUUUUGCCGUGCGUAAGAAAACCGCGGCAAAACAUUGCGAUGCAAGCAAUCAUGCGACGCGCGGAGACCGAGCAGAAGCAGGUGACGUUCAAGAAUGUAUCGCCGGUGAUCGUGGAAGAGGAUAACGACAGGAAAGCGAAAGCGGCUGUUCCGUCAGUCGGUGCUUGUAUUACCACACCGAAGCCAAUUCCGAUUCCGGAAAUGGUCAAGCCUAAUGACACCACCGCUGUAAACGCACUCGUUACUACUCAGACUCGAUCAUUAGUAAUGUCCCUUGCCUCACCCGCCAUUGGUCAAAAUCAGUCCGCGUCGAUUCAAAGUCAACAGAGAGUCCCGAAGUUGCCGCCCAACAUCCCAAUGCCCGCUCAGAUGAGCCAGUUGGCAGCAAAGGAGCAAGCUCAACAAAUUUUGUCACAGAUGCACGUUCAGCAGGCGCAGCAGCCAGCUCCGUCGUUGGGCGGACCGGCUUGCUACGCGAACCAGUCAUUCAACGUGCAGAAUCCGCAGUUUGCUAAGAACUUCAUGGCAAGUCGGCCGACGGUGAGCGCGUCACGCUAUCAGAUACAAGGACAACUGAAUAACGGUCAACAACCGACAGCUGCGAUGUCGCAAGCCAUCGGGGCAGCAGUACAUCACGCAAUCAAUCCGAACCGGCAACUACAUCAGAGAAUGUCUCACAGUCCGGCGCAGCUGCUGCAGCAACAGCAGCAGCAAAACAUGCGACUCGGUUCUCCAGCUCAACAGGGUAUGUUGCAGCAAGGUAUAAACUUGCAAACGGCCAAUAUGGGCCUACAACCGGGCAUGAGCGUGGAACAGCAAAGCCACGCAAUGGGGCUGCAAGUGCAGCAGCAGCAACAGCAACAGCAACAGCAGCAGCAGAACAUGAUGCAGGGCAACGGCAGGUUGACAAACACCAUGCAUAAUCAGUUGAACGUGAACGGCGUCGCGACUAUGGCGAAUAUGUCGAUGAUGCCGAUGUUGUCCGGUUAUAAGAAGGAUCCCACGCAGCAACAGCAGCAGCAACAAGUGACGACUCUGGCGAACUCGCCAAGCCCGACGGGCGCGUCGAACUUCCAACUGAGCUUCAGUCAGGGUAAUUUCGGACAGAGCGCCUUCGGUUGCCAAGCGUUGUCGCCGAAUCAGCCGUCCCCGUCGUUCUACAAAAAAAACACCGAGAUGGUGGACUUCGCAUUCCCCAACCAGGUCAACAUGACAAAGAGUCAAUCACAGCAACAGCAACAACAGUCGCCGGCGAGCAAUUACAACAUGUUCUGCAAUUACGAGCCUACAGAGCAUUUCAAUCUGUGGAAAGACAAUCGGCCGCCGCAGCCGCCGAUUACAUGGUGGGGCCCUUCAACUAGUAACGCAAGCCAGAUGCACAUGAAGGAUUCGACCGGUGUCGAUAACGUGUUCUCCAACUGGAGCGACUCGCCCAACUCUGGAAACCUAGCGAGCAGGGUGCCGCUAACGCCGGGCAAAAAUUAUCAGCAGCAGAAUGGCAGACAUCUUGUGGCCGGCAACAGUUUCGAGGAUUCCAGACUGUUUGAAUUGGAUCAGAAGCCAUCGCAAGCUGUGACUACCGGGAAUACUUACUCCUUGUUCAGCGGUAAUACAUGGAGCACCGUCAACACGCCAAUUUCGAGCUCGACUAAUCAGGAACAGAUGAAAGCGCGGUCCUUGUGGUCGGGACCAGGUCCAUCUCCGUUGGAGCGACUCUUGGAACAGCAGAAAUCACUGCGCGAGGGCGGUACUACUUGAAAGGUCACGUCGAAACUACUGAGACGGCCAGACAGAGUGUAAUUUCAGCGUAUGCCGAUUUAAAACGACCAUAUGGGCGUGUGUGGCGAUGGGGAUCUCCGCACAUGUGUAAUGAAACAAAAAAAAUCACUUAUCGUUCGAAAGGAAGACGCGCAAAAUUCUCGAAAAUCAAUGUAGGAGCAGCGAACGAGAAAUCGGCUGAAGCCUCUUUGUUGCGUCUCCUCGUCCUCGAGGCAUUAUGACAUGCGUAGGGGAAGUAUAAGCCUCAUCACAUUGUUCUUUUUUUAACCGUAUGUAUGAGCUCCAAAGAGAAGAAUUCUCGGAACGUAAUUCUUGCAGCGAAUUUCUCGCAAACUGAGCAACUUGUGAACGAAAGGGAACAAGAGAGAAAGAGAGAGGGAGGGGGGAUGAGGAAAACAACGAGCAAAAGCGAGAAAUUGACGAUUAAAUGAAUUGCAAUUUAAUUUGCACGGGAUUAAAUAGGCAACAAAAAAAAGCAAAAAAAGUACUAUUAGAGGUGCAAGGUGCAAGUAGUUCUAGCGUAUGUUAAUUAGUGCGCAAGAAAUUAAGGGAAAUGUAGACGCUAACUACGAAUGAAACGGCCGCGUGCGUGUUUCUGUAUCGACGACAUAUCUAGGAGAUACCGGUAAGUCACACGAGUAUAAUUUCAAACCGGAGCAACUUGAUCAGCAGCGUUUUCACCGAACGUCGCGCGUCGUUUCAUCGCGACUUCUCGUGGCAACACGUUUGCGUCGACUAUGUAAAUUAGAGCGAAUGAUGAUUACGAACAAACAUUUGUUCUUGUUUCUUUUGUUUUAUGUAAUGACUUUAUUCCACAUUAAAAUAUUAACAACGAGUUCUGUUUGUAUCACACAUAA